AUGCCGCAGCGGUACGUGGUUGUGCUGCUGACUGCAGCAUGCACGACGGUGUGUUAUAUCGAACGCGUGGGCUUCAGCGUGGCCUACUCGUUAGUAGCUAAUCGCAACCACGUGGAUCAGGCCACCAAGGGUUGGGUGCUCUCGGCGUUUUAUUACGGAUACGCCCUUUCCCAGGUGGGUGUCUUGCGAAUGCGCCCUGUUUCAGGAAAUGCCGGAAGUCGACCUGCUGAUCUCUCCCUUCCCUCUCCACCCCCGUUUCUCCCAUUCGUGCGUCCCCGUUUCCCCUCACCAGCUGCCUGGGAGUUCUGCUGCUCAGCGCUUUCGAGGCCGGCGACUUUUGAGGCGCCUUUUGAGGCGACUUUUGAGGCGCCUCAAAAGUCGUUUCCCCUCACCAGCUGCCUGGGAGUUCUGCUGCUCAGCGCUUUCGAGGCCGGCGGGCCAUCACCAUGGCCUUCCUCGCCUGGGGGAGGAAUGCGUGGCGCUGAAUGCUUGAAUCCACUCACCCAUCCAUCCCCUCUCCUCCCAUUCUUCCACACUUCCUUCCUUCCAGGUCUCAGGCAGCUCUGCAGCGCAACGUUGUUUUGGAGGCCGGAGGGUGAUCACGUGAUCACCUCACCGUGGCCUUCCUUGCCUGGUGUGCUUGAACUUGCACUUCCAUCCCCCCCCCUUCUCUUCCCCCAUCUCACUCACUCCCGUCCCAGGUGCCAGGCAGCUCCGCCGCACAGCGCUUUGGAGGCAGACGAGUCAUCACAGUGGCCUUCUCUUCCUCGCCUGGACCGUUCUCUCCCUCCUCACUCCUUCCCACCCCUCCUUUUGAGUCGACUUAAAAGCAGCUCCGCCGCACAGCGCUUUGGAGGCAGACGAAUCAUCACAGUGCCUGGUAGUUCUGCAGCGCAACGCUAUGGCGGCCGGAGGGUGAUCACAGUGGCCUUCCUCGCCUGGACCGCCCUCUCCCUGCUAACUCCCUCAAACCCGACCUCCUCCUCCCUCACCUCGCCCUCCCUCCUCGCGCUGCUCCUCAUCCGCUUCCUAGUGGGCGCCACGCAGGGCUUCAUCUUCCCCUCCAUCCACACAGUGCUCGCCCUCUGCAUCCCUCCCCAUGAAAAAUCCCGAGCCGUCAGCCUCACAAUGUCGGGGAUGUAUCUGGGGGCCGGGGCGGCUAUGUCUCUCAUGCCGGCUGUAGCGGCAAGGGAGGCGCCCUGGGGCGGGCCGGCCGCGGUGUUUCGGUGGUCAGCUGGGCUGGGGUUGAUGUGGGUGGUGCUGUGGGUGCGGCUGUUUUCAAAGGAUCCGCCUGGAGGAGGGGGGAUGGGAAGAGGGAGCGGUGGUGGUGGUGGUGGCAGUGCUAGUGAUGGGAACCCGCUGUCUCCCCGUUUGCCUGGAAGUAAGCACGAUCUCCUACAGGAUGAUGAUGUGAAAGACAGUGCGGCUUCUCAGUGA